GUCUGAGAUGAGUGUUUGACAAAUGGUGCUGGUAGAACGAGAAACAUCUGUGAUGCUGUUGUCAUUGCUGAUUUAUCUGUCAUAAUUUGAGAAGAUGAGAGCAGUGUUACACUUGUGCCGGCUUCGGGAUCGGGAUAGGGUAUGUACCAAAUAUAAAACAAAAAUCUGUCGAUGUUCGAGUUUGUUUGGUCUGGUCGUGGAUGACGAGGCAAGAUAUGGUGUGUAAGACGAGUGAUAAAGGCGGUUGAUUUUUUUCUUCGGCUCAUAGCCUUCUCUGGACUGAUCAAAAGUGCCCUCUGCCCCUAAGUGUUUUUGAACGAGCGAGGACGAGACUGACUGGCUUGUGUUUGCUUUUCCGAUUUUUGAAUUUUUCUAUUCCUAAUUUUCAGUAGAAGAAGUAAAUGUAUGAGACCACUUUUCAAUUCCUAUUUUUUGCUUCUGUUGGAAAUAGUAAAUAUGCUUUGGUCAUACCGUCCCUAAGAAUGUCACUUAGUGUCCACGUGAGUAGCGGGUAGUGCCAAAUGCGUCAACAAAGAACGCGCCCGCUUAUUUUCGCAUAGAUGGCGAUCAUUAGCGUUCUUGCUCGUUCUUCAGGCGUGAAGGAAUCUAUUCGUAAUUUUCAGGAGACGAAGUAAAGUUGUGCGCCACACAACGACUUUUCAAGAUUGUUUCCUCCCUGGCGUAGCCCGCUCAUUGCUCCGACCCCAGCACAAUCGACUUGAUUGUGAUAGACCAAUGCGAGUUUCUUGACUUCAUUGUUCUUGUCGAAUCGCACGUACAAGAGUUUUCGCGGAUAAAUAAUGAAGUAGAUCGUCCGGAACCGGAUCCGGGAUCAUAAAGAGAUAAAAAACAACAUUGAACAUUCAACAUAAUUCGAUUUUUUUAGGCAUAUUAUCCCUUUUGAAAUUUUGAAUGGUAUUACUAUUAAUCGAUAACGUUAACAUCUACAUCAAGACGUCGGUCUCCGUUACAUCUUCAACCACUUUUUCCUUACCGAAUCAAUCAUAACAUCGACCAAGUUAGUAUAGAACAAAUCAUCAAGAUGAGUACCAAUGCGAAUGCUAGUACGCAGGCGAGGUCAAGAGGGUCUGCUCCGCCACCUUCCGCGACAACCUCCAGUGUUCCCGCUGCUCCCGCUCCUCCUCCCCCUCCACCGCCGACCUUGAUGUCAUCGCCGACGACUGCGACUGGAGGCGACAAUGUUGCAAAAAAUGGUGCGGUGAAUGAUACAACCACCAAACAUCAAAAUGGAACUACUGCAACUUCUGCUACAGCUGCAGCAUCAUGGGUCGUCGUAUCAGAGGGUGGAGCGAGACAAAGAGUUAAAGGUGGCGUGUCCGUUGGCAGUGGGCCUUCUCUUGCUAGCCGUGUACUGUCAAUUUCCGAUAUCGACAGUUUCGCCUUGUGUUUCUCCGACAGUGAGCGCGCUUCGGUGACUAGCAAUACCGAAAUGAUCGAACAGAUCAACGAGAUUUUGAAUAGAUCGCCUUCUACAACGCGAGGUGGAGAAGCAGGAGGUUCAGGAGGUCUUCUUGAGGGGGCUGGUGCGAAAAUGACAGGAGCAGGAGCUGCCUUGACGAAGGAAGUCGAGCCAGGUAUGGUCGUCUGCUUGCGUGGUCUCAAACGUGAAGCUUGGCUCAAUGGUGAAUUAGCCAAAGUCCUUGCGGUCGAGAAAGGCAUGGCGAAAAUUCUGUUCCUCAGACGCGAACUAGCCAAGCAAACCGACAAUGCGCCGCACUUCAUUGAUAGGAGAAACGUCGAACCCUUGGGUGCGGAGACGGCGGAGAAGGGUGAGAACAACUUUACCUCUUAUGUGACGCAGUUUGUGAGUGGCAGAUGGUUUGGCAGAAAUACGUCACAACAGAGGAUACAAGACGCGCUGGAAGAUCAAGAUGGGACGAAUGCGAGCGUUGGUACUACUUGAACUUUGAUGAAUCUGGAAGUGUUGGACUGUCACUUCAUAUUAAUUUAUUCUUCAAUGAUCACCACAUCAAUUAUUUCAUCAUUCAAUCACACACAAUUUAAUCACCACAAUUAUUUCAUCAUUCGAACUUCCUGCUUAUGCUCUCCAAUUAUGUUCUUUAUCUUUUCCUCGUCAUCUUCCUCCAUAGGCGCCGGCUUUGGCUCUUUGAUAGUACCUUGUUAAAACAAAUUCAAAUAUUAUCUCAAACAGUUUCCUCCGGCGUUUCCUCAUGGAGAGACCUUGGGCGACCAGGGACACGCGGCUCCAGCAUAUCGACGUCUCCCAUGGUCGUGCAGACGCCAAAAGACGAUGUUGUAGCUAGUAAUAGUAUGGGAAACCUUCAACCUCCAGCGGCGACGCCAGGAUCGCCAGAAGGAGCAUCAAGAGAGGGACUAAACGUAAAGGCAGGUAGUACUUCUGGGAAUGGUGUGAAGGAGAAAAAGACUGCAACUUUUGUGGAGCAAGAGAAGGUUGCUGAAGCAGUUGGACAAGUAGGAGGUGCGAAGAAGAGCGCAGCAACUACAGGAAUGGUUGAGCAGAAGACGACAUCACCCGAAGGUGCAAAGGGAAAAGCCAAUACGCAAGGUGACAAAAAUCAGGGUAAAACAUCUACACCAGACACUGGUGCAGAGAAAGAAAAACCUCUUGGUGCACCAGCGUUGAGCACUGACGCUGCUGCUGAGACGAAAGAAAAAUCACUAGCUGCACCACCUGUGGCCGGGAAGAAGAUACCUCCACCUCCACCGCCACCGCCUCCACCUAUCGUGCCUGCAUUUUCGCCUAGCAAUAACGUGAUAUCCUACGUUGCUCCUGAACCUCGAAGCACUACUACGACUACAACUCCAUCAACAUCAACAUCAGUUACAACUUCCUCUUCAGCCCACUUUGUCUUUUCCGAUGCACCGCCGCCAGCAGCGUCGCCGCCAGAAACGGAGUCAACUGCAGCUCCUGAUACAUGUACUGCGCCGAAAACCACACCCUCUUCAACGAAGAUACCAGUGCUACCACCACCACCACCGCCGCCAGGUGAUGUCGCAGCUGCUCGUGCGACAGCACCAGCUGACGCACGCGCAACGCCAAAGAGUAAGCCAGCCUCAGUCCAUCCCCUAUCCUCAAAUGGAGGGUCAAAAAGCAAACUAGCAGGUGGAACAUCAACAUCCAGUGGCACGUGGAAACCGAAGUCAAUUAUACCAGGUGGUGGAGACGCAGCUGAUCAUGCCACAUCAACAGCUGGUAGUAAGCAGACUCCCCGACAACUUCCCAAUCAGCAGACUCCAGCAUCGUCCUCAACUAGCGCGACGCCUCAACCUUCACCUACCACGCCGCACCAGGAAGCGCUGAGUAGUGUAGUUUCUAGUGUUUCCAGCUUCUUUUCAAGUGUUUUAAAGGCAGUCACAGAGGAUGAGCAAGAUCAUUUCGCGAGUCCUCGGAUUGGAGCACCAACAUCAACUGCGAAUAAAAACAACGGUAGUACGAAUCAUGUAGGUCCUGCUGGUGGUCCUAGCAGCACUGGUGCGAUGCCUCCAAGAACUACUGCCACGGCUUCUUCAAUUACAUCAAAAGCCUCCAUAUCGUCCGCAGCAGGACUGAUUUCAGGCCCCCUCGCUGGGCAAGUCGAGUCCUCUAUCAAGUUCAAGAAUACAGCACGUGGCGAUGCCCCACCAGCACAAGAGCAAGAAGAUAAACUACGCAAAAUGUUCGAAGCCCCUCCCUCAGGAGGAGCAGGAGUGAAGCCGAGCAAUAGCAUUACCUCUAUCCCGACAGGAACGCCAUCAACUUCUGGUAAAAUGUGUACAAUUGUUGGCCUGCGCAAGAUACCAGCUCUGAAUGGAGAACGCGCGUGCAUCCUAAGAGAAAAAGACGAAACACAUUGGGAGAUUAAUGUAAAAAACUUUGUAGCAAUUGUGCAUAAGAAAAACGCCAUAUUGGACGAUCAAGAAGAUGUGAAGAAUAAGAAUCCCUUUUUAGCCUCAGUAACCUCAUAAAGAACGACAUAAGUGUUGAUAGAAAUGUAGAAUGGUUCUAGUUCUACAACAAUUUUGAAUUUUGCAGAUUUAAUCUUUUGGUCGUGAGACACCGGAC